UCCGUGUAAUCCCAAAAGUGCAGUUGGGGUUACAUCUCAAACGUACAAUGUGAGUCAGGCUCCCCGGGAACUUCUCCCUGCUCUGGAUCACAACCAGAGCCGUUCAGGGAUGGGCAGGGCAGGGCUGGAGCUCCCUCACGUCACUGCCGCGUGUCUCCAGGGCGGGGACUUUGCCACCAGGACAGCCAGCAAAGCUCUCCCGAUCUGUGCCAGGGACCCGCGCGGGACAGCAGCUGUCUAAGUACCCUGGACACAGACAAUAAGAGAUUGAGCAGAUCCUAGCACGAUGGCAACAGUCAAGGGCGUCUCAACUUUCAGUGCUGAGCAAGAAGCACAGGCACUAAGGAAGGCCAUGAAGGGAUUUGGCACGGAUGAAGAUGCCAUCAUUGAGACCUUGACCAAACUGAACGUGUCCCAACGUCAGCAAGUUCUGAUCACCUAUAAAAGCACUAUUGGCAGGGAUUUGAUUGAUGACUUGAAGUCUGAGCUGAGUGGGAAUUUUGAAAGGGUGAUCGUUGGUUUGAUGACUCCUACCACCAUGUAUGACGUGCAUGAACUGAGGAGGGCUCUAAAGGGAGCAGGGACAGACGAAGGCUGCCUGAUUGAAAUCCUGGCUUCUCGCACCAACGCGGAGAUUCGGCACAUCAAUGAGAACUACAAACUCCAGUACGGCUCCACCCUCGAGGACGACAUUGUCUCUGACACAUCCUCCAUGUUCCGCAGAGUCCUCGUGUCCCUCGCCAUGGGUAACAGAGAUGAGGGAACAUUUGUGGAUGAGGCCCUUGCUCAACAAGAUGCUCAGAACCUGUAUGAAGCUGGGGAGAAGAAAUGGGGAACAGAUGAGGUGCAGUUCAUGUCCAUCCUCUGCACACGGAAUAGGUGCCACCUGCUCAGAGUUUUUGAUGUGUACAGAGUGAUUGCUAAUAAGGACAUCACAGAGAGCAUUAAAUCUGAGAUGUCAGGAGACCUUGAGGAUGCUUUGUUAGCUGUGGUAAAGUGCUUGAGGAACAAACCUGCAUAUUUUGCUGAAAGAUUGUACAAAUCCAUGAAGGGCCUGGGCACCGAUGACAGCACGCUGAUCCGGGUGAUGGUGUCCCGCUCCGAGAUAGACAUGCUCUACAUCAGGAGAGAGUUCCUGGCCAUGUAUGGCAAAUCACUCCACUCCUUCAUCAAGGGAGACUGCUCAGGGGACUACAGGAAGGUUCUGCUCAGGCUGUGUGGUGGGGAGGAUUAAAGGAGGCCUGAGGAACCUGCUGGGUGAUGGGAAGCAGCUGAUUGUAGAAUUGUUUAGGUUGGAAAAGAUCAUGAAGAUCAUCAAGCCCAAUCACGAUAAAGAUUUCUUCUUUUUUUUUUUUCCCAAAUGCCUUAUUAAUUACUCUGAUUGUUGCCUUAGGUUAGUUCAUGCUCUGGUUAGAUAGAGGCCAUUCUGGUUGACUCUUUUGAUACACUUUUGUGCUUGGAACACCCAUUUGCCUACUAACUGAAGUCCAUUUUACACAGAAUGCUGUAACCAAAGGAGUAAAAGUUGUUUCCUGA